AUGAAAGAUCAGAAAUUAAGGAAAAUACUAGCUAUCAGGGCACUAAUUCUUGUUUUUCUUGUGGCAGUGUGCCAAGGAAGCAGCAGUGUGUCUGAUGAGGAGGGGAUUGGUAAUGCCAGCGUGUCGGCAGGAAAAAAAAGAAAAAUGGUUGAAAUAAGCAACCCUACAGGUUCAUCUUUUGCUGACCAGUUUGUAGUGGCAAAAAAUAAAAAACAGAAAAAAAAGGACAGUGCAUCGCAGGAGGAACUUGAUAUCGCAGUGGACGAUGAAGAGCUACUAGAAGUUGGCAGCCAAACACCGCGAGACAAGAGGAAACAAGAGAAGGAGGAGAUAAAGGAGAUGAAAAGAAUCAAGAUUAGCCUGUGGAACGAUGAAAGAUUGAGGAACAGGAAAAGAAGGGGCAACAAGGCAAAACAGAUGGCAACAUACAGCGUCAAUAUCUCUGAUACAUGGGAAAUGAAUAAUACGAGCAUCCUGUCUUAUAAAAGGAAACUUAGAGGCUAUAUUAAAAACUUUUGCACACUAAUUGCUCCAAAGACCAAGGACAACAAACUGUGGUACUUUAUUGGAUGCGAGUCCGCACUCACAAAAACCAAAUACAAAGCUCUUUUGGGGCUGCGGAAGAUAUUUGAAAACACGGAAGAUAAGAGAGACGAUGAGUACAGGGAGAAGCUGGAAAGUCUGGAGGGGUACUACCCCGGAGUGUUUGAUGAAAUGAUAAAGUACGCAAACAAGCAUCGGCCUGUGAUAACCAGCACAGAGAAUCCUCUGGAAGAGUGGAAGGAGAGCUUGGGGGAUAUUUACAUUCGCAGAGACACCGAGCCGAACUACUACAUGAUGGAGGAGUAUAAAGACAUCAGCCAGAUCGAUAGAAGCUGCAGAGAGAUAGUGCAGGCCGUAAGAAUGAUUCUGAUGCUGCCUGAGGUGUACCAAGAUUUUUCCAUACUGCACGAAGACCCCAUAUAUAGCCUGCACAUUUCAAGGGAUCCGCGCACCAAGAAAAAAAAGAGAAACAUUCUCCUGCUCCUGCGCGAGAUGGCCACAAAAAUAAAAAACGAUGACGCAGACAUGGAUAAAAUACACACGGAUCUCUACAGCAACUUUGAAGAUCUGUACGGAGCAGAGGGCUUGUCUAAAAUGACAGCUGUUGAUAUAUACACAGACAUUUACAAACUCCUUGUGAACUUCUACGAAGAAGCAGAGCCUUUCGAUAGCAAGAAGACUGUUCUCUCGGGGAAGGCCGUGAUAAAAAACCAAAAGUAUGUGAAGUGCGAGAUAAAGUCGGACAUAGCAUCAAAAAAUGUAGAUAGGAGGGUUCUGGGCACUGAGCGCUCAUUUGAGAACAACAAGUGGAGUGUGUCGUCUGAUAUAUGCGAGCACUACCAUGUGCACUACUUGGACAAUACCACAAACGAUCUCAGACUACUGUGCAUGCCCAUUUAUGAAGAUGACAGGGGAGAGAAAUACUAUCUGCACACAAUCAACGACAUAGUAGAUCAUAUAAAGGCACUGUAUGGAACAGAGGCAGGCAGUGUGCACCCGUUCAAAGUAAGAAAAGGAACCAGAGAGUGGUCAUACAUCAAUAAAAGUGAGAGAGCGCAGACAAUGAAAGACUUGGAAGAACACGAGGUGGUGUUCUACCGCAUUGAUGAAGACCCAAAAGAAACAGCGUUUAGAUUUGUGCAGUUUAACCCUUUAAAUCCGCACGAGAAAAAAAGUAUUUGCAUCCCGCUGUUCCUUACUAGCCGCCUGGUGCGAGAUGCAGUGAAGCUAGGCCCUUUUAUUAAGAGAGAUAAACACACGGAGAUAGACUCGAUAGAGUUUGAAAAGAGAAAACCCGAUGUGUACGAGUAUAACACACAUUACGAGGAAGACGAGUUCUCAGAUAUACACAAGUACUACAGUAAUCUAUACAUACUCCCAAAAGAGAAAGGGAGAAAAAGCAUCAGCUGCUACACCAUGGAGUGCCAGACUGAAAGACAAGAAGACGGCACUGUCAGGGCUGCGUGGUAUGCGAGAGUGCUGGAGAGCGUGGACGAGCACACGCACUGCAUACUUGACAAUUCCUUCAAAGGAGAAGAAAACUUAGAAAAAUUCAACGAUUUUAUUGACGUGCUAGAGUCAAGAGAGUACAACAAGGACAGCGAUUUGCAGUGUAUGUGGCUCUGUGAUAGGAGCAGGGCACAAGAUAGAAAGCCAGAAAAUCAGAGCAAUGAAGUGGAUGUUCAGACAAAUGAAAUGCAUGUGUGGCUGCCCAACAGAGAAUGCAAUAAAUAUCUGAAUAGGCAGAGCCUAGAUAUAAUCAGAACAGAGAUUAGUAAGGUAAAAGAAAACCUGAAGGAGAUAGAUGAGCAGUCAAGAAACAGCUCAGAAAACCCGGACAGCUCCAAGCUUCCGAAAGAUAUAAAGAUAGAAAACAGGAAGAUAUCGGUUUCAAAAAGCUACAGAAGAAGAAGAAUGAUGGGUCUAUAUCAAAAGCUAUACAUAAAAAUAUCGAAAAGGCCAAAUAUGCGCAUGCAGUUUAUGGUGUUCCGCAAUGUGAACGAGAGCAGGUCCAAUAUGGGAGCAAACAACGAGAUUCUCGAUGUUUUAAUUACGCGGUACAAUCAUUCAGUGUAG